AUGAAACGAUGGUAUGCUACAUCCAAUGUAAAUAGUCAUAGUAUUCUACAUUCUGCAGUAGAUAAUUUGUGCAAUCGGGUGUUGAGGUCGCAGUCAAAUGAUUCAAACUACCUACAUGAGACAGUGAAGUCGGUGAUAAACAAAUAUCAUGUUCCAUUAGCGAAUUAUUUUGGUAUCGACCUGAAACAUUAUAACAAAUUAAAUAGUAAAGAAGAGAUAUGGCAGAAGUUAAUGUCUCUGGAUACAAUAUCGACAGAAAUACGAUCAAAAAGACAUGAUUUGCUUAGCUUGAAAAAUCACCAAUACCGAGCUCCUCAGGUUCCAUACAAUAAUUUCCUCAAAGCAUUGUAUCCACACAGAAAUAGAGGCUCGUUAGGUCUUAGUUCUCCUGAAGAGGAUACUUCCAGUUUUGCCAGUAAUGCGAUCAAAUACGAACUGAUAAACCAUAAUUUGGUGUAUAAGUAUUACUGCGAAUUGCCUCAUCCUGCUCCAUCAUAUAUGAAACCAAACCAUUUAGACAACUUUCUUAGCCGCUUUUUGUACAGAAGAGAUUUCAUUAAGCCCAACUUAUUUUCAUCGUCAUAUGUAAGGUCCGGAAAUGUGAUGUAUAGUACAUAUAACGAAAUGUUGGAACAUAGAUCAGAGCAUGUUGCUAUGUGUACAAAAAUUCUCAAUGAUAUGAAGGAAUCAGGAUUACCAUUAUCUAUACAAGAACAAAACCAAUUCAUCUUUAUGAGCUUUUUCAAAGAUAGGGCAGACAUAAUCGAGAAAGUUGAAAAUUCCAUCAAAGAGCUAAAGGAAACUGAUGGUCAAAAUUCAUACCCAUUACGUCAUGCUAACGAUUUUGAUUGGAAUAUUUAUCAACUGAUAAAACAACAAUUUAACGACGAAGCUACAAAAUUGAAUGUUGAUACAUACAACACACUUUUAUUUAUUGCAAUGAGACACGGUAGGCAUGAUGUGGUAGCUGACAUUCUUAAAAACUUAGGCUUUGAUGACAUACUAAAUAAUGAAAAGCAUAUUUUGAAUGAAAAGAAUGCCGCACCAGACCGUGAAACUCUUGACCUUAUUCUUGGCUAUUUAUCAUCUAAGGAAUUCAGAGAAAUAUCAGGGAAUCAAAACUCAAUAUCGGCGUUUUCAAAAGCUAUAGAUUAUUUGGCAAAUUCAAAUCACAUCACCCUAGAUGUUAGGACCAUAAACAAAGUUACAAAAGGCUUAACAGAUAUGAAAAAUAUUGAAGAGGCCGAAUUUUUAGUUUCAAGGUUAUUUAUUGAUCCACUGUUUGAAGACACAGAAAAAACAUUGUUAGAAAAAUCAAAUCCAGAAUUGGAUUUGUAUAAGGCUUUAACGGCAGAUGACAAACAAUUGUAUAAGAAGUUGUUGAGACUGUACGAUAAUUUAAAACAAAUACUAUCAUCGCAGAACAUUCAAGACAUGGAACCUUACAAGCUAAUGCCUAAUGAAGGCUCGUUUCGUCCAUUAAUUUAUUCUUAUUGCUCGCCCAAUAAUGACAAAAACUCGUUUCAGAAGUCUGUCUAUAUAAUGAAUGUUCUUGAGAAUCAAUACGGCUUACCUAUAACUACCAGAAUAUUUUAUGCCUUGUUCUCCAAAUUUAUUGAAAUUAACAAGCACAAUUCACAUGAUUCAUCUGAUUGGAACCUAGAAGCGUUAAAUCACAUCACAGUUAAAUUAAUCAAUUCCCACGAUAAAUCUUAUGGGUUCAGUCAGGAUACAAUCAUGAGAAACAAACUUGAUGAGUUGGUCCUUUCAGCGCAAUUGAAAUCUUUUGUUAACAAAACUUUAGAUGGAAAAAAACUUAGGUAUAUUCCAAAAGAGAGAGGUAACUUUGUUAAACUUUCCGACAGCAUGAUCCAUCAAGUUUGUCAGGCUUACGCUUCUGUACUAAAUAAUGAUCCCACUUUAACCUCAUUGCAAAGAAAAGAAUUCACAGGUACGAUCGAGUUACUAAGAAAAGAUUUAUUGAAUGAUAUUAAAAGUCUUAGAAGCUCGCAUCCAUCCUCAAUGUAUAAAGACAUUUCAAAGCAAAUGGUCUUUAUUAAUGAUGAAAUCAGCUACCUAAAGAAAGGUUUCUUGAUUGACUUAAUAGAUCUGACAUAUUCCAUUUAA